ACCGGACGACAACGCAGCAGCUCUCGCCCCCGUAUAAAUAGGGCCCGCGGCCCGUGGUCGGUACAUCAGUCCUUCCAGGUCUGCAGAGCACAAGAGACACUCUCAGCUUCUCCACCACCACCACCACUACCACCGCCAUGUUCUUCAAGUUGGUAACCGUGCUGUGCCUGGCCGCCGCCGCCAUGGCCCUGCCCCAGAGGCCUGUGGCUGGAGGACGAGGCAAGGACGCCGUCAUUGUCUCUGCCACCAACGAUGUCAACUUUGAUGGCUCCUACCGUUACAGCUUCGAGACGUCCGACGGCCAGCGCGCCUCGCAGGAGGGCGCCCUGAAGCAGGUGUCUGCCCCCGGCCCCGACGGUGACGGCCUGGGUGAAGCCGUGCGCGGCGACUUCUCCUACACCGACGACGCCGGCAACCAGUUCGCCAUCCAGUACACCGCCGACGAGAACGGCUACGUGCCACAGGGCGCGCAUCUGCCCACCCCUCCCCCCAUCCCUGAGGCCAUCCAGAAGGCGCUCGCCUACAUCGCCAGCCAGCCUCAGGCCCGGUCUUAAGCGUCGCCACACCACCUCAUGGACACCGCUCCUCUCGCUCUUUUCUCCUCCGUCUUUUGUACAAACGCGCAACUCGUGACCAAUAAAGUUUCGUACAUUUAAAAAGAAA